AUGCUUUUAAGAAGUUCGUUAUCGACUGUGUGCGUCCCAGUUCGUUCAAUUGGUCUUUGUAAUUACCCACGAGCCUUUUCAACGGUUCAAAGAGGUUUACUUCAGCAGACGACGAAGACGUCCGAGUCAAAAGACUCAAAAUCGGAUAAGAUCCCGCUAUGGGCUCGUAUUAAGACUGCUUCGACAUUUGCCUUUGCCUCCACAGUAGUUGUAGGCGCUGCUGGUCUUGCUGGUCUUGUCAUUUACCUUGUUGUUGCAGAGAUUGUUCUUCCUUCUGGUGAUACGCAGGUGUUCAACAAAGCUGUGAGCAUGGUGGAGACCGAUCCAAAGGCACAGGAGUUGUUACUGCUCGAGCCUGGAAAGAGACUGAAGGCCUAUGGUGAAACCACAGACAAUAAAUGGACGAGAAACAGACCUAUCUCGAGUACACGUCGUAUGGACAAGUCCGGAAAAGAGCACCUGUUCAUGAGAUUCCACGUUGAAAGCAAACAAAGACACGGAAGCGUUCAGCUAGAAUCCAUUCACGACGAUGUAUUACACCCAGAGUACUCGUACAUUUACCUGGACGUUCCUGGUGAGAAGAGACACUACAUCAUCGCACCACCGCAGCCAAAAUUGCUUGGAUCAAGAGACCCCAAUGCUGGGUUCCUGGGUGUAAGAUGGGGCCCAAAGACUGAUUAG